AUAGUGUUUAGCCAUGAUCACCGUCCUGCUCCGCCACGAGCACCACUGAUCCGGAUGCAUACACGAUGGCUGCGUGCCCCUCGAUCGGCAGCGCGUCGGAUCUCUACACCUCAUCCGCCCCUUGACCAUGGAGCGCAACCGCCGCAACGGUCUUUCUCCGCCACGGCGAUAAGCCGGCAGUCCGCAGCGACCGGCGCAUCCGAAACACCAAGUCCACCUCACAAUGGGGUCGGCAGCAAACCCGACAAAGGCGACGGGUCCAACGGGGCGAGCGGCGACUCGACACAGCCGAAUCACGAACCCGGCGAUCAUGACAGCAGCCUGAGCGAAGCCACGGAGGAGAGCAGUGUUGCCGCAGAUGAUGCAAAGGCAACCAGCGACGGCCAGGGCCGCCGGAAGCGGAGCAGUCCGACCUCGCUGCGAUCGCGACUGCUGCGGAACCGGACGGCGCAGGAGAUGCCGCCGUUGGAGCUGCCCAAGUCGUUCCUCGAGCACGCCAUCACAAGAGUUGAAGACAUGCAGAAGGCAUGUGUGCCCGCGAGCCAGGAAGAGCUGGCACUCGUCGACACAUACGCUGCAGAGCAGUUCAGAGACCGGAUAAAGGGCCGGCGGCGGACAAUGCGCCAAGAGUCCCUCCCCGCGUUCAUCCUUGAGUCCAAUGGGUGGGACGAUGUUCAGAUUGAGCGAGCGCUGGCCGAUUUGUCCGAUGGCAAGACGGAUCGUGUUCGACGCAGGGGCGACCUUCUCGUCGCGGCGGCGUACUGGCGUCUUGCGGGCAUCUUGCAUGCGAUGGACGACACCAACAAGACUGCGACGGCGGUGCUUGAGAAGCUACUACAAUCAAUACCAGGCGCUGCGGGGCUUGAGCUUGUCCGGUACCACGCCAGGAAAGGCAGGCUGGAUCACGACAUCAUUGAGGACUCGAUCGACUCGGAUUUCUGCGACUACCGCACUGUUGCCGCGAUAGAUCACUCCUCCUUCGAGGAGCUGCUCGCGGCCAUGAGAUCCGACUUGGAGGUCAAGCCGCCGCCCAAGGCGAAGGGGAUGAACGGCCUGCAGCGACCUGCCACCAUCGCGAGGUUGGACUUCACGGCGGGCUCAACCAUGCCAAGAGACGUGAUCAGCUACGCGGCGCGGAGCCUCGAGGCGGAUGUUCUCUACUUGUCUCCUCAGUCUCUGGCAUUUACGCUUGGCAACUACCUCGGGCAGGACAUUGCACGGUCACCGAGUAUGCUGACACAGCUUGGAUUCCGGGCAGCCCUCAACUCGGGCAGGGUCAAACCCCGGAAGGUGGAGGAGGCCGAAGAUGACGAGAGCGGGUUGGCCGGCCUCCCGAAGACAUUCACAAUCAUGCUGGGCCAGGACAAGAAGAAGAGCGGGUCCAAGUCUUCGCCACUGGCCUUGAUGGACCAGUACCUGAAUGGCAGCAACGGCCAGGAGAAGAGCGACGAGCGCUGGGAAGAUCUGAAGCUCAACACGGCGCUGGAGGAGAUUGUGCAUGCCGCGCUGCCCGAGGAUCCGAAGCGGCCACUGGUUGUGCAUGUGCACGACUUUGUCGCGCUGAGCAUGGACUCGGAGAGUGGCAAUGCUCUACUCGCGAAGCUCCGCAAGAUCAUUGACAAUCUCUGGCUAGACGGCCGGAAAGUCGUCCUGGUCGGCACGUGUUCGACAAAAGGAGCGCCCGGGCCAUACCUUGAUGCAGUCACAUCGACCGCUCUGAGCGAGCGCGUACUUAGCGUCGUCUCCUUGGCGUACACCCUGCCAAGCCGAAUCGAGCUCGAGCUUGACGAUGACGACAUGUGGCCGCCCAUCGACGCGGCCGACUUCUGGGUAGAGAAUAUUUCGAACUUGUCCAAUGUCCUCGCGGCGCUUGUCCCCGAACAUGCCGACGCACUGAGCGAGAUUCCUGGACACCUCAUGCAGGAUCCGUUGUCAGCCUUGGAUGAUUUGUUCUGGAAACUCGAAGAGAGCUGGACGACAGGAGUCCUGACGCUCCCAGAGAUAUACCGCAUUGCGACUGCCAUUAUCGGCACGUCGCUCCGCCCCGAACAAGUCACAAGCAUGAACCACUGGCAGACCAUCGUGUCGCUCGUCCGAGCAAACGACUUCGCAACAGAGCGGCAGGCCUCGGCGCUGAAGCGCCACCUCAAGGCCCACGAGCGCGCCACCCAGGGCGCGGGUGGGAGCAGCGGCAACGCCGGCGGCAUCUUUGCGGCGAUGGGCAAGGUCGCGAACCCGCAAGGGUCCGAGAACUACGAGGAGCGACUACUUUCCGGGCUCGUGCAGGCCAAGGACAUCCGGAUCACGUUCAAGGACGUGCACGCGCCGAAAGAGACGAUCGAGUCGAUCCAGAUGCUCACCACCCUGUCGCUGAUCAAGCCCGAGGCCUUCUCGUACGGCGUGCUCGCGACGGACCGGAUACCGGGCUGCCUGCUGUACGGCCCGCCGGGCACGGGCAAGACCCUGCUCGCCAAGGCGGUCGCCAAGGAGAGCGGCGCGAGCAUGAUCGAGGUCAGCGGCGCGAGCAUCAACAACAUGUACGUCGGCGAGUCGGAGAAGAACGUGCGCGCGCUGUUCCAGCUGGCCAAGAAGAAGAGCCCCGCCGUCAUCUUCAUCGACGAGGCGGACGCGCUGCUGGGCACGCGCGGGCGGGACCGCGGGAGCCGGAGAGAGACGCUGAACCAGUUCCUGCGCGAGUGGGACGGCAUGGACGACUCGACCAAGGCGUUCAUCAUGGUCGCCACGAACCGGCCCUUUGACCUGGACGAGGCCGUCCUAAGGAGGCUGCCCCGGCGGCUGCUGAUUGAUCUGCCCACGGAGAAGGACCGGGCUGCCAUCUUGAGGAUACACCUGAAGGGCGAGGAGAUGGAUGCGACGGUGGACCUGGACCGGCUGGCCAAGCAGACCCCGCUGUAUUCCGGCUCGGACCUGAAGAACCUGUGCGUCGCGGCCGCGAUGGCUGCUGUCCGGGAGGAGCUGGAGGCUGGUGGUGUCUUCCUGGGAAGCCGGGAGCAUGAGCAUGCUGAGGCCGACCAGUCGUCGUCGUCCUCCACGUCUUCACAUUCACCUUCACAACCACCAUCAUCCUCGUCAUCCUCAUCAUCCUCGUCAUCCUCGUCUCCGUCACCUCCGUCAUCCUCCGGGCCGGAGCUCAAGAGGCGCAUCCUCAACAAGCGGCACUUUGACAAGGCCCUCAAGGAAAUCAGCGCCAGCAUGAGCGACGACAUGGCCACCCUCACCGCGAUCAAGAAGUUUGACGAAAAGUACGGCGACGGGAUGAAGAGGCGGCCCAGGCGGGGGAUGGGGUUUGACAUCCUCGCGGCGCCCGGUGCCGGAGGAGGAGGAGGAGACGGCGUGGAUGUCAAUGAGGGCAGGGUGCGGAGGAUGUAGAUCACACAAGACAGACAGACAGGCAGCCACGCAGACAGACAACUGGAUGUUUUGUUUUCUUUGUCUGAGCGAAGAUACAACAGAGCGGUGACGAUGUGGUGAAGAGGUCGCACCAGCCGGCAACCGUGCACUGUGAUCAGGCGCUGCUGGGGUCGAAGAGUGUGGCCUGGAAACAUCUCCCAUCGGGGACUUUUGACGAUAGUGUGCAAGACAAAAGACAAAUCACAUGUGGGAGGGAUAGAACACAUUUGUACCAAAAAAAAUAAAAAGCCCCCGAAUUAUAGCCAUAGAACAAUGAAGGCGCCGUCUGGGUCCUGCCUCAAAAAGGACAUUACGAUGGGGGGUUUUGAUUCACGGCCGGCUUAAGCGCUGCGCGGUCAUUGACGAGGAUGCCAUGGUGUCAUAGAGAAUGCAA